AUGGCGUCUCCGAAGCCCCAAGUUUCGUGUUCUGCUGUGCCGUCUGUAGAAUUGAGUGUAGUGAAAGUGUUGGACUCUGAUGAGCCACUUGUCGCGAGCUCUUCUGCAGGCACCCCCUGUGUGCAAGUGUUGGACUCUAGUGAGCCACUUGUGCCCAUGACUGUGCUAUCGAAAUCAAUAGCUGGUAGUUCCCGCGCCACUGUUCCCAGUACCGUGUCGGUACUGCCGCCUGCGUCUCCAACGUCGUCUGAGAGCAGCGUGGCUGAUGCGGAACCUCAAGCUCCUGGUUCGUCUGGGCGAAGAGUCCACUACUAUGCCGAGGAAAUAAGGUUGGUUCACUGCUAA